AUGGUAUCUUCGGAUAAUGCUGUCAUUUUAAAACCAACAGGCGAUCCCAUGCCACUCAUCGGUUUCGGUUUAUGGCAAAUACCUAAAGAUAAAGCUGCUGAUACUGUUUAUCGUGCUUUAAAAUAUGGUUAUCGAUUAUUAGAUGGAGCAGCUAUCUAUGCUAACGAAAAAGAAGUGGGUGAUGGAAUCAAAAAAGCAAUUGAUGAAGAAGUUUUAUGGAACACUUAUCAUAGAAAAGAACAUGUUAGACCAGCUCUUGAGAGAACACUUAAUGAUCUUAAAGUGAAAUAUUUAGAUCUUUACUUGAUACAUAACCCUGUCUCCUUGAAAUAUGUUGAUCCAAAAGAGCGUUAUCCUGCUAACUGGUUUUAUGAUAAUGAGAAUAAGAUUUGUCUUCAAGAAAAUGUCACUAUUAGAGAAACAUGGGAAGCUAUGGAAGAAUUGGUCGACGCUGGAUUAGUCAGGAACAUUGGAAUUUCCAAUUUUAGUGGAGCGUUGAUAAUGGAAUUGUUGAAAUGUGCACGUAUCAAACCAUCAGUACUACAAAUAGAACAUCAUCCAUAUUUGACACAAGAAAAAUUGAUAGAUUAUGCAAAAUCUCAAGAUUUGGCAGUGACCGCCUACUCAUCUCUAGGUUCAAUUAGUUAUAUAGCUUUUGGAAUGACAAGUGGCGAGGGUAUUCCUCACUUGUUAGAAGAACCUAAAUUGGAACAGAUUGCAAAGAAACAUAAUAAAUCUACUGCUCAGGUGGCUCUUCGUUGGGCAAUUCAACGUAAUAUUGCAAUUAUACCAAAAUCAAACAAUCAAAAUAGAAUUAUUGAAAAUCGUAAAAUUUUAGAUUUUACUUUGACUGAUGAAGAAAUUAAAGAAAUCUCUUCGUUAAAUAGAAAUUUAAGGUUUAAUGAUCUCUAUGCACGGUUUAGGAUUCCUUAUGGUAAUAGUAAAAUAAGAAA